AUGCCAGCUUCCCGUGAAGAUUCUGUUUAUCUAGCCAAGUUGGCCGAACAGGCCGAGAGAUACGAAGAGAUGGUUGAAAACAUGAAGGCGGUCGCUUCCUCUGGCCAGGAAUUGUCUGUCGAGGAGAGAAAUCUGUUGUCCGUUGCGUACAAAAACGUGAUCGGUGCCAGAAGAGCCUCGUGGAGAAUUGUUUCCUCGAUUGAACAAAAGGAAGAGGCCAAGGGCAAUGAAACUCAGGUUUCUCUUAUAAGAGAAUAUAGAUCCAAGAUUGAGUUGGAACUUUCGAACAUCUGCGAAGACAUUUUGAACGUGUUGACCAAGCACUUGAUUCCAACUGCUCAGAGCGGAGAAUCCAAGGUGUUCUACUACAAGAUGAAGGGUGACUACCACAGAUACCUCGCCGAAUUUGCAGUCACAGAAAAGCGUAAAGAGGCCGCUGAUCUUUCGUUGGAGGCCUACAAGGCUGCCUCUGAGGUUGCAGUUACUGAGUUGCCACCAACCCACCCAAUCAGAUUGGGACUGGCGUUGAACUUUUCCGUUUUCUACUACGAGAUUCUCAAUUCUCCAGACAGAGCUUGCCACUUGGCCAAGCAAGCUUUCGAUGACGCCAUUGCCGAAUUGGAUACAUUAUCAGAAGAGUCCUACAAAGAUUCCACUUUAAUCAUGCAACUACUGAGAGACAACUUGACCUUGUGGACUUCCGACAUGUCAGAAGCCGGCCAAGACGAGCCUGCUCCUGAAAAGGCUGCUGAAAAACCAGAUGAAGAGUAA